AUGUACUGUCCUCGUCUGAGGACCGAUCUCCGGUGCACCAGAAAAGGCUCCGGGGAGUUGCGAGAUCUGCUGUCGGGGUUGUCCGGUCUCCUCCUUCGGCGAAGCUACUCCCUCUCCUCCCGCGGUGACCAGCCUCCCGAUCCUCGUCUGAGCUUCGUUUGCCGGGAGCUCGAGGGCUUCCCCUCCUUGACACCCGAUGGCGGCGGUGGAGAGGAGGGCUUGGAAAAGGGGGAGGGGAGAGGGCGUGGGGAAGGAGGGGGCGGUGGUGAGGAGGUGCUGGAGGUGCUGGAGGUAUCUUCCCAUCGAUGGCCGGAAUGGGUGGAGCUGAUGGAGACGCUGCUGCGGAAUGGCUACCUCGACCGCCAGUACGGCAUGGAGAGAGGGUCGGUUGCAGUUUCCAAGAGUGCCAAUCGCAUGCGCACUGCGUGCCUCGAUUUCGCGAGGGACCGUUCCGAACUAAUCAGGUCAGGCCAGGCCAUGCCAUGCCAUGCCAUUCCAUCUGGGGGAUUCCCUUUCUUCAUGCUCUGCGUAGGUCUGUUUUGAUGAGGCCUAAUGGCUGAUCUAGCUGGUGGCCAUGAAUUUAAUCGUUCUGUGCCUUCAAGAGGCAAGGUGCCGUCGAAGCUCCACGACCUGUCGUUUCCAUUGCCCUCAUUAGGUUUUCGUUUAAGCUACGGUUUCCACUGACUUGAGCUUUUGGGUAUGAAAGCAAUGAAGCCGAUGAAUCAGAGAUCUGACUUAGAUCCUGUUCAUGGGGUUAGGGUUUAGGAUUGUCUAUGAACAGGGAGAAAGCUAUAUGUAAAAGCGUUUGAAUUCCUCUUUUCUCCGUCACUUUUCCACUCUCAGAGAAUCUUUUAUGUGCAGAGUUAUUUUUUCAGAUGCUCAUCUCAUGAUGAUCAAAUAGUUAACAUAAACUAUGCUCCAACAUAGGAAUUAUUUCACUGAUGGGAAUCCUUUUUUGUCUCAAAAUAUCAAUAAAAUAGCUGAGAAUUUCAGCCUGUAUCAUCUUUGAUUUCACUCUUUUUUUUCUGAGAAAAAGAGGAAGGUGCUCUGAUUUUUAUCAAUUCGGAGUUUAAAAAAGAAAAGGAGAAGAGAUCUAGGUCCAAUCCUUGUCCCUGAUCGAACUCUUCCAUGUUCGAUUGAAGAAAGGCUUUCUUCCAACUGGAUUAAGUGAUGCAGGAGUAGAUUUCUGGGACGAAUUACAUGCAUAGAAGUGAAAAAUAUACAGGAUAAAAAAUUGUUGUGAAGAAGAAGAAGAACUUGAAGUUUAGAUCAUCAAUUAUUUCAGCUUAUAGUUGAGGAGCCUAAAUUAUUUUGACUACCUAUCUCCAGACACCUCCCAAGGAAAGACAUCCAGGUGAUCGUUGGAUCUGGCUGCCCGAGCUCAGACCGUAAAGUUACCAACUCAGGAAAGCGACUGAGGUCUUAUGUUGGCAUCGAGGAAGGGAAGGUACCACCUGAAGAUCUCCUCACUGUGGAAACAGCUGUGUAGCAGAGGGAGCAGUUCUUCCAAUGCCUCCAUGUUUUUUGUUCUUCUUUCUCAGGUCUGCAGCUCCUGUCCCCUCCGGGGAAGCUGCGAGAGGGCGUAUUUGAAUGCCCAGGAAGAUGAGAGAGGGAGGACUGUCGACGUGAUGCGGAUCCUCUUGACUUGCGGGCUUGAGCUGGCAGCUGGAUCUUCAGGGAUCCAGUCGUUUCUGACGAAAUCCCUCGAGGAAUCUGCGAGGAGGAUGCUGCGUAGAAUGGUGGAGCUCAGCAUGGAGGAGAUGAACCCUAAUUCCGAGAAAGAAGCUUCCUGUGGGAAGCAGCCGCCGCCCCAAUUCAGUGCCCUGAUGAAGCAGGGAGACUGGAUUUGCCCCAAGUAGUAGAUCCAGAGAGGCCCAGCUAUCGUUCUCGUUUUGUGCAGUGCUGGGAAAUUUAUCAUAUCCAAUUUUUUUGGAAUCUUGCAGGUGCGACUUCCUGAAUUUUGCCAAAAAUGUCAAGUGCCUGCGCUGCAAUGGCAUUUCCCAGGAUAAGAUUAGGAAGUUCAAGGAGGAGUACGAGCACCUUCCGCUCAAGAAGGGGGACUGGAUAUGCGACAAGUGUGAUCCCUUCCUCUCCCCAUGAGUUGACUUUCAUCGUGCAGGGUGAUGCUCUUCCAUGGCUCAACUCUUGAUUCUACUUUCAGGUGCAACUUCUUGAACUUCGCCAAGAACCCGAGAUGCCUGCAAUGCGAGGAGAAGCCCUCCGCGCGCCGGCUCAAUCCGGGAGAGUGGGAGUGCGCGUCGUAAGUUGACUCUGUUCAUAACCAGGCGGUCUCAAAGUCAACGGGACGGACCCCUUUCGUGGUCUACUCAUUGGGAUUUGUUUGAUGAAUUAGACCUUGGUGUGGUUUUUGGCAGGUGCAACUACGUCAAUUUCCGGAAGAACAUGCUUUGCUUAAAGUGCGGCUGGAAGCGGCCGAAGGCGGCGGCGGCGGCGGCGGAAGACCGGAACGAUGCCGCCGGAGGACACCGUCGGCCCUCGAGAAUCUCGUUCGUCGGAGAUGGGCCGCCGGGGAGCGCGGAGGAAGGCGGCGAUUUCUGGAGCUCCGACGACGGCUGGAAAUCUCCCUACGAGCCCACGGAUUUCAGAGGCUUGCGGACGUCUCCGGGCGGCGGAAGCGCCGCCUCCGCUGUCACCGCCCGGUCCUCGUCAGAUAAAGAGAGGUUGAGAGCUGCGCCGCCGGAGCGGGUGAUGGCUCCCAUCGAGUUUGAUGGGUCUUGCUGCGAUGAUGAGAUGACCGGAUGGUUUGGGCCUCGGAGAAAGGACGCCGUCAAGGGUUCGUGGAGGCGCGCUCCGUCUUCUCUGGGCGGGAGGUAG